AUGCCUCUCCAAACAUACCACCAUUCGUCCUCCGCAAAGGGUCUCUCCAGCAUAACCACUCUCAUCGUGGGUGCUACGGAGUCCAUCCUCAUCGACCCCCCCUUCCUGCUCCCGGACGCAGAGUCCGUCGUCACCUGGGUCAAGAGCACAACCACCAACCCCCUAAAGGCCAUCUUCGUAACCCACCACCACCCUGACCAUUUCUUCUCUGCAAACACCAUUCUCGAUGCAUUCCCCUCCGCCAAAUUCUACGCAGCCCCUUACGUCCUGGCGGGAAUCAAUCGUGAAUACGACGACAAGAUCAGUUACUGGCCGACCGUCUUCGGGAAAGAUGUGGCCGAGAAGCCUCGCAAGCCGGAGGUCUUUGACUUCAGUUUCUUUGUUUUGGAUGGGAAUCCGCAGAGUCCGGUCGUUCUCUUAGGGCCUAUGCAGGGUGAUAGUGUAGACCAUACACUGUUUUGGAUGCCGAGUGAGAGGACGAUUGUUUGCGGUGAUACCAUUUAUGCAAGAAGUACACAUGUCUGGGUCGAAGAAGUCGAAACACCCGCACUCCUACAAGCAUGGAACAAAACACUCGAUCUCAUCACCCUGCUCGACCCCAUAAAAAUUAUCCCGGGCCACCUCGAGCGCGGCUGGGAACUAGACGCCCAAGCUGACCUGGCGCAUACAAAGAAAUACUUGAAGCUCUUCGCGGAAAAGGUGACCUACGCUAAGACCAAGCCUAAGGUGCAGGACCUGUUCGAUUUCUUCAAGAACGAGUUUCCACAGUGCAAGGAAAAUCUGGACUUCUUCCUGGGCCACUUGUCGAACCAGUACGGGGAGGGCGGGAAGGUGUGGGAGGAGAAUAGGCAUCAUCAUGUAGAUAAGAGAACGUUGGAGGGGCUGAAUGGGUAUUGGUUUAAGUGA